AAACAAAACUAGAUGCACCACAUCACAUCCUUGACUCGAUCAAGAAGACACUAGUGAGAAAGCUGCAAAAAUGUUGACAAUCAAGGUGAUCAUUCUUGCUGGCUUACUGUCCAUCGUUGUGGCGGGACCCUGGGGACAAAUAUGUGUUGGCAACCCCAGAAAUAGUAGAAGGACUUGUGAUCCCCAUGGCUGUGGACACUAUAAUGCUCCAAGACUAAAUGGGAAGCAUCUAGGGGUGGAUGUGUUAUGUCAGGAUGGAUCAACAGUGCGGGCACCUUUCAGUGGAAGAAUUAUCAGGCAGGCAAAGCCUUAUAGACGUGAUAAUGCUAUUAACAACGGUGUCCACCUUUCUGGAUCAGGUUACUGCAUCCAGUUGUUUUAUAUCCGACCAGUUAAAUACAGUGGACCCAUCAAGAAGGGUGAAACUCUAGGUACCAUGCUACCAAUGCAAAGAGUAUACCCAGGAAUUCAGUCUCACGUUCACAUCCAGAAUUGUGAUCGGACAGAUCCCACCUCCAACUUGUAAGUGAAAUCUGCAAACCUGGAAACCCGGCCUGCACAACUGGACCUACUUCUGUCCGACUAGCGCAUCCACUUCAGUCCGCCGUUCUUUUUGGGGGGGAGACAAGAUGCCAGCGAACAAGAUACUGCUUGUUAUUGCUCCGCAGAAAUUGUUCUACUGGUCACAGGAAAGCUAAACAACCGCAAGUGGGAGGAGGAGUGCAGGUGCUUGUUCCCAUGCCCAUCACUUAAAAGGUGACCUACACUUUGAGAAAAAUCCUUGUGAACACCUCACUUCUGGAAAGAAAUCUCUGCAUUGCUGGAAGCCCUAUCAAAAGAUGCUUUUCCCCAUACCAAUGAGAAGCCCAGCCUCUGUAUGAAAUAUUAUUUGAUUAAAGCCUUGCCUUCCUGUUAACUGAA